GCCAGGAGCAUGACCAGCAUGUACAAAGCCGCAACAGACACACCGCAGUUGGUGAAGGUGGACCAUCAAAGUGGCGUCGCCGGACCAUCCUCGGCCUCCGUGGCCCUCAAUCAGCUCUGCCCCCGCGGCCAGCACUCGGCAAACCCUUUGGACGCCGCCGUGGGAAAACUCCUCGAUGGAUACGAUUGGACUUUGCUGCCCGUCACCCAAAAGGCCGCAACUGCAAGCAAGAGGCAGGCUCAUGUCAAGAGGCCGAUGAACGCCUUCAUGGUUUGGGCUCAGGCGGCCCGGCGGAGGCUUGCAGACCAAUACCCUCAACUUCACAAUGCAGAACUUAGCAAAACGCUUGGAAAGCUGUGGAGAAUUUUGAGUGAUGCAGAAAAACAGCCUUUCAUGGAGGAGGCAGAGCGAUUGAGGAACGCGCACAAGAAGGACCACCCAGACUACAAGUAUCAACCGAGAAGAAGGAAGCCGCCAAAGGCGAGAGUUUCACAAAAACAGGCGCCAACGCAAACAAGUGCCAAUGACGAUUCGCCUUCCACCCAGCGGUAUGUGGAUUCAGAAGCUCCGAGUAGCAAUAGUAGUGUUUCUUCCGCGAGAUCUUUUAACAGGGUCCCAACGGCGGCGGCGAAUUUAUCUUUGCAGUCCGAUGGCUCGUCCCCCGGUGCUCCUCCGACGCCUCCGAAAACGCCUCAGCAGGCCAAUUCGUCGGCAGGGUCUCUAAGAAAUGGACACGGCCAGACGACACUUAUGAAAAAUAAUACUUCAGAGUUGAGAGCAAGCAGAAUGGAUUGCAGUUAUCAGGGAGUAGCAGAGAGUAGCCUGCAGGAAGAGAAAAGUUUUUCCAAUCAGUGCUUCCAGUACCACCAGCAGUACGAACCUGCCGCAACCAGCUCGACAACAUACGUCCAGCGACACCAGACACCGAAUUUUUACACUUUGAGGCAAGAAAAUGAGUCUGGCAGUGCUUUUGGUCCUACAAACCGCCACUCGUUGCCCUUCGAACAGCCCCAAGCAUAUCCGCAGCCGCAACCUUUUUAUCAUCACCCCUAUCAGGGUCCGCCGUACUACAUGCCUCCGAGAUAAUUUCUUCCAAUUGAUAUUGAUAAGAUUGAAAAAGUUGAUUUUUCAAGUGCCUUUCGAUUUGUGCCUGUUUUCAUUUAAUUAUUAAAAUUUUAGAGUGGUGUUUAACUACAUUUUUAAUGGGCCAUAAUUAGAGAUAAACUUUGAAAUUUUAAAUUAGUCAUCAUUGUUGCAAAUUAUGGUGUAAAUUCGUAAACGGAAAGAAACCACUUGAAAUUGCUCGUAAUAUAUUAUAAAGCAAUACAAUGUAAAUGAAGCUGAACAUAUAAGGUUUAAAAGCAAAGAGAUAAAAUAUGUAUAACAAAUAUCAUGAAUCCUAACACAUUUUUAAAUUUUAAUUGUAUUUUACAAUCUGGCCAAUGGAUGUAAUUUCACGAAUUUCGAAAAAAAUCUGAUCCAUUAUUGGAUGCCACAAUAAAGCAAAGUUAGAUAAUAAUAUUUACUAA